GGAGAGCUAUAGGACACGUAAUUUCUUUUAUCAUUUAUCCUGCCAUAUAAGUAUCCGAUUAAUCAUUAAUUUUCUUUUUUCGUGUACAAGACUAAUACUUGUGAUGUUCUUUCUAAUAUAGUUUGAAAAAUAUCCUUUUGCCUUUCAUCGUAAGUAAAUGCAUAUCAUAGUGACAUUUGAUUUAAAAUGAAAGAUGAUUCUUGACGUUUGAUAGAUUGUCAUUUAGAGAUUUUAAUUGAGAACAAUUUACAUUUUGUCCAAAAUAAUAAAUAAUUUAAGAUGGUAAAGGCUAAAGUUCCACUACGCGACAUUUCACCUGCAUUGCAGGCUUUCAGGAACUUCCUCCUUGGUAGGAAGCAUACAAACGCUCUUCGUUUUGAGCCAUUGGUUUCGGCUAGGACCCAGCCUCCUCCAGAAAUCCCAGACGGACCCUCGCACAAGCAUGCCCACAACUACUAUUACACAAGAGACGCUAGACGCGAAGUUGCUCCUCCAAUUGAUGUUACCAAGGAACUACUUAGUGCUAGCUCAGACAAAGGGGCUCCUAAACAAGCUGCUAAUGUGAGACCUACACCUGGACACCUUUAUGCUUGGGAUAAACAUUAUGAAUAAACAUGUUAUCCUCGCUUAAUUCAAAUUUUAUUUAGCCAAACGCAAUAUAGCUGAAUUACACACGAUUUUAAAUGUUAAGUAGGAAUUAUUGUUUUAAAUAAAAAACUGCUGUUUUCA